AUGGUCUCCACUGUGAUUACAAAUCCACAAAAUGGUGCCAAUAUUGGUGAAAAUCAAGCAUUUACUGUUACAGCAAGAGUAUCCAAUCUCAAUACCGGCUUUUUCUCUGAUCCAGCUAAACAAUAUUAUGUAAAAUCACAAUCCCUCGGUAAUAAUGGACAAAUUAAUGGUCAUAGUCAUAUUACCAUCCAACAAUUGAAUGGUAAUAAUCCUCCUGAUCCGAACGUAUUUGCCUUUUUCAAAGGUUUGAAUGAUCCUGCUAAUGGUAACGGAGAUUUAUCUGUUAAUGUCGAAAAAGGCUUGCCAGCUGGUAAUUAUAGAAUUUGUACUAUGGCUAGUUCGGAAAGUCAUCAACCUGUUAUUAUGCCUGUUGCUCAGCGUGGUGCUCAAGAUGAUUGUAUCAGAGUUACUGUUUCCGGAG